AUGACUAAUACUGGGUCUGUAGCAAGCUGGGAUGAAGUGGUACCAUUAAUGUAUGACCGACUACAAAUGGAGGAGAUAAUAAGAGACAGCCCUGAAGUUUCUGACGAAGACGAAAAUGUGACAGUUUUUGAUCGGGAUGAUGUUACAGAAUCACAACGAUAUACCCCAGCCUCUGUCGUGGUUGGACAACAGAGCCUGACAAACUCCUACCACGAAAGAACCCGACAAAUUCCAACCGCAACAGAACCUCACAAACUCCAACCACAACAGAACACGACACACCCCAACCACGACAGAACCCGACAAACCCCAAACCACGACAGAACCCGACACACCCCAACCACGCCAGAACCCGACACACACCAACCACCUCAGAACCCGACAGACCCCAACCACGACAGAACCCAACAAACCCCAACCACGACAGAACCCAACAAACCCCAACCACGACAGAACCCGACAAACCCCAACCACGACAGAACCCAACACACCCCAACCACGACAGAACCCGACAAACCCCAACCACGACAGAACCCGACAAACCCCAACCACGACAGAACCCAACAAACCCCAACCACGACAAACCCGACAAACCCCAACCACGACAGAACCCAACAAACCCCAACCAUGACAGAACCCAACAAACUCCAACCACGACAAACCCGACAAGCUCCAACCAUGACAGAACCCAACACACCCCAACCACGACAAAUCCGACAAACCUCAACCAUGACAGAACCCGAAAAACUUCAACCACGACAGAACUUUACAAACCCCAACCACGACAGAACCCAGCAAACUCCAACCACGACAGAACCCGACACACCCCAACCACGACAAACUCCAACCACGACAGAACCCAGCAAACUCCAACCACGACAAACUCCAACCACGACAAACUCCAACCACACUCCAACCACGACAGAACCCAGCAAACUCCAACCAGAACAAACCCGACAAGCUCGAACUAUGACAGAAUUAAGGUGGAGACGGUUUCAACGUAACCAAUCCUGUGUCUAG